CAGAUUCGCCUAUCGAUCAAAAGGCUUGGCAUGGCGUAAACACACCCACCAAAAACCAGCUUUUUAUCAUCGCGUGAGUGACUAAACGUGUUUCUUUGAACCACAAAGUGGAUUAACCUGCGAACAUGGCCAGAGGACAAGGCAUCAAUCAGGAGCUCUCAGAUGUGUUGAAUGAACUGUGGAAGCUGGAUGUGAACCGCAUGAAAGCUGGAAAAGACUAUAAAAUCAACCUACAGGGGAAGGCUGGUUUUGUUGCUGAAGGCAGUAAUAGUGCCAGGGAUAGUGCUAGAGCUCCUCUUUUCUCAUAUGUCGAUGAAAAGAAGCUCAAAAGCGUGGAUACUUAUGCUCACUUCAUAGAUCUGUUGGACAAUUAUGAGAUGUCUACAGGAGUGACUGAGCAUGUGACAAAAGAGGAGCUUCAGGAAAAUCAUCUUUUCCUGGAUGCUAUUCUCAAGACAGAGGUCAUGAAGUGUGCCCACAGGUAUUUAGUGCGCAAAGGUCUAGCCCAGUCUGAUCCAUCUAAGUUUAAGAGCCAGCUCUAUGACAUCUGGUUUAAGCUCUAUCGCAGGGACAAAAAUGGAGGUGAAGAUUCCUGUGGAUUUGAGCAUGUUUUUGUUGGUGAAACCAAACAAGGUAAAGAGAUCAUGGGCCUCCACAACUGGGUCCAGUUUUACCACCAGGAGAAAAACAAUCAUGUGGACUACAAAGGAUACAAGGCCAGAAGUAACAAGGACACGCCGGACGAGGAUGAUCACGUCUUGAACCUGCAGUUCAGCUGGAAUGGCCUGGUGAAGCCGGUGGCCAGUUGUUUCAUUGGCGUCAGCCCAGAGUUCGAGGUGGCUCUCUUUACUAUUGUCUUCUUUCUGUCUAAUGAGCAUGUGACCAAGGUUACAGUGAAGGUGGAUGAGUACCUCCUUGAGAUUGUGGUGUACAGAUUUGGGCGCUCCAUUGGGACUUCAUAUCCCAAAAUGAUCAGCAGCAACAACCGGGAUUUUUAGAUCUUACUGCAAGGUCAAACCUAGCACGAUUAAAAAAAAAAAAAAAAAGCUAGGACAGAGUGGGCUUGAUAACCUAAAUAAUCAAUUUACAGCUUGAACUACUAGUGGGAAAUAUAUGUGACCAAUGUUUUAAAACUCUGUCAGAUUACAAAUGAUCAGUCCAUUUUGUAAUGAAUCUAGUUCGUACUGCUAUAAAAUUCUGCAUAAUGAUACAGUUAUGUGCCAAAUAAUUGAAACUCGUCUUUUUGUGGCCAGGCCCUUAAAGUUGUUUGAGCCUUAAAUUGCUUAGAAAUGUGUGUAGUCCAUCAGCUAUAUAAACAGCUAUUUUGCAUUAGAUGUAAUUGCAUUGACCCAAUCUAACUCCUGCAAGCUUUUAAAAAUCAAGUUUUUUUUGUGUGUUACUCAAGCAAGUUACAAGUUAGGAAUGAAACACUUAAGUGCAUUUUAUUUUAUGAGACUUAAGCCGUCAACACUCACAGUCAAAAGAUUGUCGUUUUUGAAUGGCAUCUGCACUAGAUGGAGUGGAAUUUGGAAAAUGGGACAUCAUAGAUGAAAAAUAUCUCAUCCUGGGAAAUGUAAUGCAUAAAAUUUAAUCUUCACAUAAAUAAUUGGGAAAAUUAAAUUUUUGUGCUAAAAACACUGCUGUUAGAGUAUGUGCCUUUAUAUUUGUUUCAAUAAAGACCUUUUUCAUUCAUA